ACUCUCGCCUGCCCCUCCCUCACUGCGAAGAUGGCGGUCUCCAGAGUGUGCUGGGCUCGGGCUGCUUUGUGGGGUUCGGCGGGGCCCCCUGGACCUUAUGUCGCCCGGAGGCUGCAGUUUGUUCGCUCUGGCCUGGCCUGGGGGACCCCUCGGUCUUCAAAGCUUCACCUUUCUCCAAAGGCAGAUGUGAAGAGCUUGAUCUCUUAUGUGGUGACCAAGACAAAAGUGAUUAAUGGGAAAUACCAUCGUUUCUUGGGUCGUCAUUUCCCCCGCUUCUAUGUCCUGUAUACAAUCUUCAUGAAAGGUAGGAUUGCAGAUGUUAUGGGCUGAUGCCAAAAAGGCUAGAAGAAUAAAGACAAAUAUGUGGAAGCACAAUAUAAAGUUUCAUCAACUUUCAUACCGGGAGAUGGAGCAUUUGAGACAGUUCCGUCGAGACGUCACCAAGUGUCUUUUCCUAGGUAUUCUUUCCAUUCCACCCUUUGCCAACUACCUGGUCUUCUUGCUAAUGUACCUGUUUCCUAGGCAACUGCUGAUCCAACAUUUCUGGACCCCAAAGCAACAAAUUGAUUUCUUAGAUAUCUAUCAUGCUCUCCGGAAGCAGUCCCACCCAGAAAUUCUUUGUUAUUUAGAAAAGGUUAUCCCUCUCAUUUCUGAUUCAGGACUCCGGUGGCAUAUGACAGAAUUGUGCACCAAGAUGCAGCGUGGUACCCACCCAGCAAUACAUGAUAUCCUGGCUCUGAGAGAGUGUUUCUCUAACCAUCCUCUGGGCAUGAACCAGCUCCAUGCUUUGCAGAUGAAAGCCUUGAGUCGAGCAAUGCUUCUCACACCUUACCUGCCUCCUGUCUUGUUGAGAUACCGUUUAAAGACUCAUACCACUGUGAUUCACCAACUGGACAAGGCUUUGGCAAAGCUGGGGAUUGGUCAGCUGACUGCCCAGGAGGUGAAGUCGGCUUGUUAUCUUCGUGGCCUGAAUUCCACCCAUAUUGCUGAAGAGAGGUGUCGAACUUGGCUGGGAGAAUGGCUGCAGCUUUCCUGCAUCCUGAAAGAAGCUGAGCUGUCCCUCUUGCUACACAAUGUGGUCCUGCUUUCCAUCAACUACACUGGGACAAGGCGCUGAGCCGACAAGGAGCGGGUGGCGUUGUCCUGCAUGCAGUCACAUAGUCCAGCAGCGUGGGACCAAACAGCACUUGUCAGCAAAGAGUGUGUGCCCUGUUAGGCGUGUGCAAGGCAGAGGAGCAGGUGCCCGUGUGGCAGCUGGAACUGAAAGAAACACUCCUACCGGGGCGGCCCACGAGAGGUGUCAUCCCAACUUCCUCAGAUUUCACUGGAGCUGGCAGCAGCCUUUGUACUGGGCUUUUACUAUGGUGUUUUAAGUUUGGAUCCCAGGAAGUGAGCUUUUGCCCCAGGUGGGAAUCCUCAUUUGGCCUAGGACUUACCCACUGCCACAUUCGUUACAGCUGUUUUUGUUCAAGACCGUUUCUGGCUGAUGACGGGAACAGCACUACUUAAAGUGGAGCCUUUAUGUCCAUGCGUGUACUUUGAUGCCCCCGUCAGCACUUUGAUAUGACCAAAAAUAGGGAUUUUUAUUUUUUGUUCCCCUCACAGGGCUAAACCACUUCCCUUUUUUUCAAAUCCUUUGAGCACCUUAACUUUUUUUUGGUUUUUUUUUUUUUUGUUAAGUAAAUAACUUAUGGGAACAUUCUAAUGGAAAGAUAAAAGGAAAUACAAGCGCUUCUUGACUCAAGUGUUUACAGCCUUCCCCUCCCUCUCAAUUUCUGGACUGGGCUACAGCCCCUGUGGAUCUUAAACUCUUUGCUACUUCCACUGUGUUGCAGCGAUCCAACUGUAGCUGACAGUGGCUGCCUUCUUUGGGCCAUGGAUCAAUCCUGUAAGGUACUAAUUACUGCCCAGCCCCGGAGACCAGGCGAGGUCUACUUUGAGAUAGUAAGUUGGGUUCAGCUUUUGUCUGUGUGUAUCAGUGACCUGUAGUAACUUAUUGUAAACGCAUGAAGCACUGUUUUUAAGCUCAAGUAAAGAUUGCCUGAAACCAGUUGCUGGAAAUUACUUAUGCAUACCCUAAUCAUUUUACUAAGGCUCCUUUUACAAGACUGACUGACAUAAGCUAACUAAUGGCGAGAUAACUGGUUGGAAUAGAACCUUCUGAUGGGAUGGAAAUGACAAAGGAGCUAAUUUGAAGUUGAUCCUCUUGCUGGAUUUUAAGAUGGUAACCAGGAAUAGCGAAUUUCAUAUACAUAUAUAUAUAUAUAUAUAUAUAAAGUAAUGGAGUUACAAAGUGGGCCCCAAGAGUAGGGACUGAGGUGGGAAAAGCUCCAGCAGGGCAGAUCAAGGCCUGCUUCAGCUGAAAAGGUAUGUUAGGGCAUAUGAUGCAAGUCAAGCUCUUGAUGCUCCAAAGAAUGUUCUAUUUUUCCACCAUAAAACUUCCUAUUGUUAACAUUAAUCCUUAACUGACCUAAUUGGUUUUAUAUACAAUGCUAGAGAAGCAUCUUUUCUCUAACAAGUAACUGACUUGUGGUCUGCCAAGAUAAAGAAUAACACACCAUUCUUUUGAAUAUUUCUUUAAUAUUACAUUUAAAUAUUCUCUUUAAAUACAGCAUUAUCACAAUGUAAAGGACCUAAAAGGCAAAAAAAAAAAAAAAAAAAAAAAAUUUUUUUUUCAGAGAACCAGACAAGCUUUGGAUUCACAUUGAAAAUACUACCUGUGUACAGUAUGUGAGAAAGGAAAUUGGAAAAUAAUUAAGCGUUGUAAUAAUCAGUUUUUUAUCUAGGCCUAGACUAAGCGGGACUGAAGCUCUCUGCCUCUGUGAUCAGAGGCCUAGCCUUUCUAGCAACCAUGAGCUAUAAUUCUGUCCGACUCAGGUAGCACCAGAAACGAGAUGGAUCAGGUUUGUAGAAGAGGCCCUUUGCUUGACAAGACAGUUAAUGCUAAACGUUAAUAUUUAGCAUUUAAAAGCUUGGGAUAGGUGAGUCAGAAUUGCAGAGUUAAUGAAGGGAUGGACUUAUAUUAAGAAACUAGUUUUUCAGAAAAAUCAAAUUAUCUUGGAGGUUGGCAAUGAGUCUAGUUAGAUGCAAAUUCUUGGUUUGAUCCCAAAUGUGUGUCUUACUGAACAGGUGAGAUCCACUCCCUAGCUUAGGCUGGAGCCUUCCUAAGCAGGGAAUGUAUAACACUCACCUUCACCUUCCAACACAAACUUCUAGAAAGAUUCUUCUCCAAAUUCCCAAUUAAACUUCAGUCUUGUAUCUGAGGGGACCAGUCUAAGGUGGCAGAGUGUAGCUCAGUUCGGGAUAGCACCUAGAUCUCAGGUACUUCAGACUCUCAACUCCAUUUCGUGAGACUAGAGGAUGGGGAGAGAUAAGGGCCUAUGACUUAUUAACUCCCCUAUGACUUAUUUUACUCCCCUGUAAAACCCAGCAAAAACAGGAACAGGAGAGGCAGAACGCGUUAAAAGAUGUAUCUGUGUUAAAUAUGAGGCCUUUCAGGCUCAGUUUAGGUUUGAUAGGUGAAAUGCUGCUGCGAUGUACAUGAAGGUUGCUUUCAGACACCAGGGCCUUAAGAUCCCACAAGAAAAGGCUUUAUGAGCAAGAUAAGUAGGAACAGUUAAUCUCCUCCACCAAAAAAAAAAGUUCUUUACUUUUUUUUUUCCUGGUUAA